AUGUCUGGCAGAGGUAAAGGUGGCAAAGGUUUGGGCAAGGGCGGUGCCAAGAGACACAGAAAGAUUCUCAGAGACAACAUCCAGGGUAUCACCAAGCCUGCGAUCAGACGUCUCGCAAGAAGAGGCGGUGUUAAGCGUAUCUCCGGGUUGAUCUACGAGGACGUGAGAGCCGUCUUGAAGUCGUUCUUGGAGUCUGUUAUCCGCGACGCGGUGACCUACACAGAGCACGCCAAGCGGAAGACUGUGACGUCCUUGGACGUGGUCUACGCCUUGAAGAGACAGGGCAGAACUUUGUACGGUUUCGGCGGCUGA